GGUUCGGCGGGCGCCCUUUGUCGAGGUUGAGGUUUGCCCUGUCAUCCCCGCGAUCUCGAGAAAGUUUCAAGGUCCAGGCUAGGUCGUGCGCGAGCGUGCGUCGCAGCGCGCAGCCAGUGCGUGUUUGGGUCCGCGGCGGAGGCGCGCGAGCCUCGAGCCGAGUGCAGCAGAGCAGGCAUGCGCUAGGGGUUGCUGUUCGAAGAGGCCGCGCCGUCGUCGGCACCCCAAAAUAACUCUUGGCUGUAAUUCUAGACCGUCCAAGUUUAGACUUUUUCUCGGGGAGCGGUUCCCCCCUCGGCUGUGACUGUGUGUGGCUAAAAUAAGACGCACCGGGAGGGGGCCCCUGCCGUUUGACGGCGUGCUAGCAUGCUCAGCGCUCUCAGUGAGGAGCCGGUUCCGACAGCCGCAAGUGCUCUCUGCCCCCAGCAGCGUUGGGCCUUCGCAUUAUUUUCCGACACACUGUCAUGUAAUUUUGCCUGUGCGAUUCCAGUGCGUUGAGGCUAACCUCUCCGAGUGCAGUGACAUUAUCCUGGUGGCUCAAGUCUAGUCUUUCCUGUUUGUGUGCUUCAAGUCAACGUCAAGUUUCAUCAAUUCUCCUCUGCAAGAAUGGCUGCUAUACCAGACCCGGUGAAGAAGUGUGUUGCAAUACUCAAGGCAGCAGACUCUGAUACAGAGAAGCUUGCUGCCUUGUUCAUGGUUACUAAGCUUGUGAAAGGGAGUGAUUGCUCUGCUGCUGUGAGAAAGCUUUUGUUUGAAGCCAUUGGAUUUAAAUUUUUGAAACGUCUUCUGUUGACGUCAGACGUGCAAGAUUGUCCCCCUCAAGUUUACAAAUCAGUUGCUCUGUCUGUAUUGUCAGCUUUUUGCAAAGACCCUGAGUUAGCAAUUCAUCCUGAACUGCUUGCAAACCUGCAAAUGUUCCUAGAUAUUGUACAAACUUCAGAUGCAGCUGAUGAUGACAAUCUUAUUAUUGUCAAUGAGGCAUAUGAAUGCCUACAAAGUAUUGCUCUCACAAAACCUGGGCUGAAAGCUUUGUUUGAGAUAGGUGCUGUUUCAAAGAUGAUUGAAAUAUAUUCUCUUCAGAGCUUCCAGACUGAUGAAGCUCUUGACUUACUGGUGACACUUGUUACGAGCUUUGGUCCAAAAAGCUGGGAAGAAAAUCCAGGAGCUUUCCAUCUACUCAUGAAUAAAAUAAGUCUUGAUUGUGAAACUGAUCAAAGUGAACGGAAAUUUCAUCUCUGUGAUGUUAUGAAUGGCCUGCUCAUGAGCUGCAAGCAGGAUAUUGCGACUACGUUUGGUGAAGACACCACAUGGCCGGCUAGUGUUUACAAAGCUUUGUAUGAUAUUCUUACUAGCAAAAUAGGAAAAGCCCAACGGGACCCUGCUCUGAAGCUGGCUUCAGGGAUGACAGAUUUCAUGGGUCCAAAGUGGACAAUGAUGGAUGAAGAUAACCCAAGAAAAUUUUUCCUGCUUCUUUCUCAACUAGCAUGUGUUGAGGUGCGCAUGCAAUUGGAAGAUAAAGGAGGUCUUAAAGCAAUCAUGGCAAAUGCUGAUCUUUGCACAGCAUGCUUCCUAAUAAUAGAAAGUGCCAUUGCUUUUGUAGCAAAUGAACAUGUUGAAUUAGAGGGAAGAGAAAAGCAGUCUAUGUACACAGCCAUGAAGGGGGGAUUUUCUGCCAUAAUAUCACUCUUGAUGAAGGUUCAAACUGAUGUCAACAAGAAGAAAGUUACUCUCGAGUUAAAAGAAAAGGUCUUCAUUUGUGCCAUGGUGAGAGUCCUCUCUGCCUGGAUGGCUCAAGAAACUUCAUCCAUGCGUGAUCAGAUUUAUCAGUUGUUACCAUUUAUGCUGACCUUAGCAAAUGAUACAUUCUACGCAUAUCGUGCAAGAUAUAUGAUGGAGAAAGUUAGAGGUCCUCCAGGAGGAUCUAAUCCUACUGGUGAGCCAAUGGAGGUUGACACUGACCCAUUAAGUCAGGUUGACAUUUUAAGAUUUAUGUUACCAGCCUUGUGCCACCUUGCUGUUGAAGAACAGGCAAGAAAAAUCUUACUGGACACGAAGGAAGAUGAAGUGCUGUAUGAAAGUUUUGCCUUUCAUUGGUCAAUUGUGCACUAUAAAAAGCCACCUGUACCAAGAGCUGACCGACUUAAAGUGCGAAAGGAAGAGGCGUUGGAUCCUAAACUUGUUGAGGAUAUGAGUGAUUCCCGAACCGCCAUGGUCAGCAUUUGUAAUAUUUUUAUGAACAUCACUGUACUUGAAGCCAAAAUAGUUGAAGAAAGCUCACUCUUUUCUCAGUUGCUUAAGUUCAAUUUUAAUAACCUUCCUGAACUUCGCAAUAUUCCAGAAAAUCUGGUGCUUCAUGGGAACAUGGCAGUUCUUGGACUGCUUCUGUUGAAACAGCAGGCUAAAAAGAUAAAGAAGAAUGAUUUUUCAAUCUGUCGAUACAUUCAGGCCACUAUUCGUUUCCUGUGGGAUGCUUACAAUGUUGAUGAGUCAAAUGACAGUUCUACUCUUGUUGUUGCAAUGGCAUAUAAAGAACAUUGGAUUCAGCUUAUGGAGUUGUGGUUCCUUGGCAUGCAAACAAUGAGUGCAGUGUUAUCACUUAUACCCUGGAUCUCAGAGUUUGCCAUGGAGAGUGGAUGGGCAGAGGGUAUCAUUGAUACCUUGAAGAAGGUGAAAUAUGGAUCUCUUCCCCCGAACACUAAGUCUGCAUAUGAAGAUUUCCUUUGUCAUCUGGUGGCAGCAAACAACAGUGUAGCUUCAGUGCUGAAGAAACGAGAUGCCCUUUCUGUAUGCCGCAAUCACCGCCUGAUGGAACUUGGAAAGAAGCUUUUUGAAGACUGAUGAAAUGUUAUUAAAAAUGUAUUAUUGAAUAUGCGCUUUCAUCUGCAAUUUCUUCUUUUGUUAAUUUAAUAUGAAACUUAGGCCUUAAAUUUGUAAGAAUUUUAUGCAACAUUAUGAAAUAGAAACAGAACUUAAUUUGUGCUUUUUUAUUCGUUUUCUAUGUGUGAUUUCCUAUUUUGUACUCAAAUAAAUAUUUUCAUAGUUUGUUAACUUGAGUAUGGUUUUCCCCAACCCCAAAUUUAACAAAUUUGUCUUUGUGUUUUCAGUUAUAUUGUAUUAACAGUAAAAUUUGCAUGUUUAGCAGCAUUUUGUCUAUAUGAUUUGAUCUGAUCAAUCAAUUUCUGUGAUAGUCCGAAAUCUAUAAUCACAUGUGGAGAUGAUACUUUUGUUGGGAAUUUUGCAUGUAGCCUUACUUCAUACCCCAAUCAGUAAAUUUCAGCAGUAACUUUUUCUCUUGAUGGUGAUUACAAUGACAGUACCACUAAUUGCAUAAUUGCAAGGAAGUCAUACUUUUGAAAGUCUAAUUUACUCCUGUUUGUGAUAUCCUGGAGUUCUGUGAUGCCAGAUUGAGUGUUGAGUUCAUGCUUGCAUCGUCAUUCUGAAUUUAUUUCGGAAAGCCCCAAUUUCUAUCCUUCUCUUCAUGAUACGUAUCACAAAAAAUAUUUUUACUUUAGUCACACAAGAGUUGACUUGUGCUGCGAAAUAAUUUUGGUUGACUAGAUAUUAUAAAUAGCUAUGUGAUAUUAAGCAUUUAUCUGUAUUAUGAAAAGGUUCAGUCAGGUUUACACCUGGGUUGCUCAUUACAACAAAACAAAUCCUAAUUUUCACUAGUCUAUUAUAACAUACCUACUGGAAAAAAAUGGUUCUCAAUGGACCUAUGUUUGUAUUAACCGUGCAAAUCAUUUAAAACCCACAAAACAUGUCCACCACUCAAUGCUUCUAUUGUAAUGCCACUUUCAAUCUUAAUAAACAAGGAAUAUUAAUAUGCCAUCAAA